AAUCCUUAGGCGUACAUAAACAAAGUCUUGCACAUGUUCACAAAUAAAAGUAUCAGACUUUGAAAUCAAAAUGCAGUCUUUCUCAGUUUCCUUUAGACCUUCAAUAUUCCUCCCGUUAAACAUUAAAAGGGUCAAUAAUCAACAAAUAAAGAAAAAAAAACCCUUUCUUUUAAUUUUAUUGAGACUUUUCCUAAAUAAAUACAAGAUAUAAUUUUUUUAAAAAGGCUGAUGGGAUUAAAAUUUAAAACCAACCUCAUUUGAAUGAUCUGACAUCAUCCCUUGCGUAGUUGCAUCCCCUGUUUUUACUUAGUCAGAACAAAAAAAGAAAAUAAAAAUCUCCUAUUUAAACAGGAAAUCUGGGCAUAAAAUUUACAAAACCCAUAAAAAAAAAGAAAAGAAAUGGAAUUGGCAUCAACAAGCUCUGUUUUAUUAACAGUAGUCUGUGUAUUGGUAGUGACAGUGUUGAUCAAAGUGGUAAAUUGGGUAUGGUUGAGGCCCAAGAAGCUAGAUAAAUUGCUCAGACAACAAGGAUUUUCAGGUAAUUCUUACAGACUCUUAUUUGGAGACCUUAAAGAUUUCGCCUCAAUGCGAACUCUGGCCUUGAAGACCCCAAUGACCAGCUUCUCUGAUGAUCAUUAUUCGCGUGUGGAACCUCUCCGCCAUCAUCACCUCACAACAUAUGGAAAGGAUUACUUUCUUUGGUUCGGCCCUGUACCGAUGAUAAAUAUCUCAAAGCCAGAGAUGAUCAGAGAGAGCUUGACAAAGAUGCACGAAUUUCGAAAGACAAAGGUGAACCCCAUUUUGAAAAAACUUGUUCCAGGGCUGAGCAACUUAGAAGGAGAAAAAUGGGUGAAACAUCGCAGACUGAUCAACCCUGCUUUCCAUAUGGAGAAAUUAAAGCUUAUGUUACCAGCAUUCCAUGAUAGUUGUGCAGAGAUCAUUAACAAAUGGGAGAUGGUAGUAGCUGAAAAGGGUUCAGGUGAGGUAGAUGUGUGGCCUGACCUAGUGAAACUCAGUGCUGAUGUGAUCUCUAGAGCAGCAUUUGGUAGCAACUAUGAGGAAGGACAAAGGAUUUUUGAACUUCUCAAGGACCAGGCUGAUUUAGCACUUCUUAUGAUACAAUCAGUUUAUAUCCCAGGAGAGAGAUACAUUCCAACAGCUAGAAAUAGGAGGUUUAAGGAAACUGAAGAUAAAAUACAUACAUCACUGCGUACAAUUAUCAACAAGAGGAAAGAGGCCAUUGAAGCUGGAGAAGAGGCAAAGUCUGACUUGUUGGAUAUCCUAUUGAAUUCUAAUUAUACAGAAAUGCAACAAGCUGUUGGCGAUGGAAAGUUUCGGCAUGUUGGGAUGAGUAUUGAAGAGGUGAUUGACGAGUGUAAAUUGUUCUACUUUGCUGGACAAGAAACUACUUCAGCACUACUAGUUUGGACUUUGAUAUUGUUGAGCAAGCACCAAGAUUGGCAAGCCCGAGCACGAGAUGAAGUCUUGCAGACAUUUGGGGAUACUGUGCCAGAAUUUGAUGGUUUGAACCAUUUAAAGACAGUGACUAUGAUACUAUAUGAAGUCCUGAGACUCUAUCCACCAGUACCACGAGUAACAAGACAGAUCUAUAAGUCUACAAGUCUAGGGGAACUAUCAAUUCCUUCAGGCACAUUGAUCAGUUUCUCAAUGCAUUCCGUCCACCGAGAUCAUGAAAUUUGGGGUGAUGAUGCGCAGGAAUUCAAACCUGACAGAUUUGCUGAAGGUAUAUCCAAGGCAACAAAAGGAAAUAACUCCUUUUUUCCAUUUGGUUGGGGACCAAGAAUAUGUAUGGGGGAAAGAUUUGCCAUGUUAGAAGCAAAAAUGGCAUUAUCCAUGAUUCUACAACGCUUUUCCUUUGAGCUUUCCCCUUCCUAUGUUCAUGCACCCACAACUGUUCUGUUUCUACAGCCUCAACAUGGUGCUCAAAUAAUUUUACACGAGCUAUGAUGAUAUGCAUUUAGAUACUUUUAUAUUACUGUUGAUAACCCUCAAGUAAUUUCACUUAUUAGUCCAAGUGUUAAAAUCCAACUCUCUUAGUAUGUUUUAAAUGUCUUUCUACUGCUUUCCUAGACUUCUUAAGUUUUUUUGGCUUUAGACACAACUAUUGUUUUACUGUCGUUCUAGUGUUCACUAGAGAUUCUAUGUAAUUUCAAAAGAAAGCUCUUUAGAGGGUGAAUGAUUAAUGAAAUUUACACUCUAUGUCCGGUUGCUUAUUGCUUUGAAA